UGGAAUUCAAAUAUUUGAAUCAGUAGAAAUAGUAACAGACCCAACACACAGUAAAAAAAAGACCAAUAGAAAACAUGUCAUUAAAAAGAAAUAAACGUGCUACACAGCUAUUCUUUAUAUGUCAUUCGUUAUUUUCACUUUGCUCCUCUGCUUCCAGUCCAUAUCACAAAACAUCCAAGUCAGGUUAGUCAAUUAUAGGCUUUACUUUGAAAGCAGUGACCGGAUAUGGCGUGUGUUGGCUAGUCUUGCUUGACACGUGCAGAGAGGCGGGGGAUUGCGAAUAGACCCAGUGAGCAGACUGGAGGUCUGCUGCGGACUCAUCCGGAGCAGCGCAUACUGAAAUAGGUGGGAAAAGUUCCUCGUAACUAGCUGUCGGGCCGACACGGAGCACAGAGAAAAACCACUGGAGUUUUUAAAGCCCAGCAGUUCGACCAGUCAGACAUGAGGAGCCCUCCAGGCCUGGGUCGCUGAGCAGCUGAGGUCAGAGUUCAAACACUUGUUCCGGCAGUCAUGGCUGAUAGAGAGGGGCUGCCCAUCGCCCCGGGCCAGGUCUAUAUUGAGGUGGAGUACGACUAUGAGUACAAGGCCAAAGACAAGAUGGUGAGCAUCCGGCAGGGAGAGUGCUACAUGCUGGUGAAGAAGACCAAUGAGGACUGGUGGCAGGUGAGGAAGGAGGAAGGCACAAAGGCUUUUUACGUCCCAGCCCAGUACGUCAAGGAGGUGCGCCGGGCCCUGAUGCCUCCCCAGAAGCCUACAUUGAGGGCCAAGCCCACUGUUCUGGAUAUCUGCCGGGCAUCCAAUGAGAACCUCAACAGACCCCAGCCGGAAAUGUCCAGUUUCGGGCGCCCGUCGCCUUCAUCCACCCCGUCGCCAUCUUCUGACCGAGUCACGCCACCGGCUCUACCCAAGGAUGCUAACCAGAACGUGGGGAGUCCACACCACUGCAAGGUGGUAGCUGAACUGGUACUUCUUCACAACAACAACAACCAUCACCUCGUCAACAAUUCCACGUUGCCACGGACACGGGCUGACUCACCUCCGCUCAAAGUCGGGAACAACCACAACAAAAGCCCAGACAGUGACAAGACCUCCCCACCAGGUGACCUGCCAGGAGACGGGCUUAACAAAGUCCGCAACGACUCGGAGUCAGGAGACGAGCUGAGCAGCAGCUCAACGGAACACAUACAGACAACAUCGCCUACAGUUCAGGGCCGGUCCGACUCGCCGGUCUACACUAACCUCCAGGAGCUGAAGAUCUCUCAGUCCAGCCUGCCGCCCGUCCCCUCCGGCUCCCCUCUCCACAUCCUGGGCGACUGGGAGACCCACAAAGACCUGAGCGGCAGGCAUUUCUACUACAACCGGGCCACCGGAGAGCGCACUUGGAAACCGCCACGAACCCGGGACACAAGCAGCAGCACCAGCAGCAGCAUCCGGGGAGACAGCCAGGGCACAGCAGAGAGUGAGCCGCUGUCCUCAGAGGAGAACUGCCACAGCACCCACUCCAGUCAGUCAGACAGCCAGUAUGGAUCGCCCCCUAGAGGCUGGUCCGAGGAGCUGGAUGAGCAUGGACACACUCUCUACGUCUCUGAAUACACACAGGAAAAGUGGAUAAAGCAUGUGGAUGAACAGGGCCGGCCCUACUAUUACAGUGCUGAUGGAUCCAGGUCAGAAUGGGAAUUGCCGAAGUACAACAUCUCCCCUCAGUCCGGCGAGGUUCCCAAGAGUCGCAGUCUGGAGAGGAAGCAGCAGGAUCCCAUCGUCCUCACUAAGUGGAGACACAGCACCUACGUCUUAGAUCUCAACGAUAAGGAGUGUGCUCCGGCGCCCAAGCAGAGCUCUCCAGACUCUGACUCCUGCCCCUCAUCUCCUAAGCACCCCUCAACCCCCUCAGAGAAGUGUGGAGUCCUCAAUGUCACCAAAAUCACAGAGAAUGGAAAGAAAGUCAGGAAGAACUGGACGUCUUCGUGGACGGUGCUGCAGGGUUCCUCCUUGCUCUUUGCAAAGGGUCAGGGAGGCAGCACUAGCUGGAAGUUUGGCAGCAACCAAUCGAAGCCGGAGUUCACCGUUGAUCUGCGUGGGGGUUCAGUGGAGUGGGCCUCCAAGGACAAGUCGAGCAAGAAGCACGUGAUCGAGCUGAAGACCCGUCAGGGGACGGAGCUGCUGAUCCAGUCAGAGAUUGACAGCGUCAUAAACGACUGGUACCGGGCCCUCACAGAGACCAUCAACACACAUGCCUGGGAGUCAGAUGAGGCCAUCGAGGAGGACAUGCCUGAAUCUCCUGGAGCUGAGAAACAGGACAAAGAAAAAGACCACCGAGACUCCAAGAAGAACAGAGCAAUGAAGACCUCUGUGAGCAUGGACUCAUCAGACCAGAAGAAAACCAGGUUGAAGCUGAAGAAGUUCUUGACACGUCGACCCACCUAUCAGGCCGUCAGAGACAAGGGUUACAUCAAAGAUCAGGUGUUUGGCUGCAGCCUGACCAGUCUGUGCCAGCGGGAGAACACAUCAGUGCCCAACUUCGUCAAAAUGUGUAUCGACCAUGUGGAGAACACAGGUCUCAGUAUUGACGGCUUGUACAGAGUGAGCGGGAACCUGGCAGUGAUACAGAAGCUCCGCUUUGCUGUGAAUCAUGAUGAGAAGGUGGAUCUGAAUGACAGUAAGUGGGAGGACAUCCACGUCACCACCGGAGCUCUCAAGAUGUUCUUCAGGGAGCUUCCUGAGCCGCUCUUCUCAUACGGAUCCUUCAACGACUUUGUUAACGCCAUUAAAUGCUCCGACUACAAGCAGCGAGUGAAUUCAAUCAAAGACUUAAUCAAGAAGUUGCCAAAACCCAACCAUGACACAAUGCAAGUCCUCUUCAAACACCUGCGGAGGGUGAUUGACCACGGAGAGGCCAACCGCAUGACCACCCAGAGCGUGGCCAUCGUGUUCGGACCCACACUGCUCCGACCAGAGACCGAGACGGGCAACAUCGCGGUCCACAUGGUGUACCAGAACCAGAUAGUGGAGCUCAUACUGCUAGAGUACGAAAGCAUCUUCGGCAGGUAGAGGUGUCCGCUGAGAAGAAGGGCGCCGGGCUUUUCAAACACGAACUUCUUUUCCUUUUUUCCCCCUUUUCUUUGACUGAGCUGAACAUUGCUGUGGACCAAGCAGUUGGGAGAAAAAAAAAUAUCACUCAUUUACAUGACAGUUUACAAAAGCGUGACAAGACGUUGCACUUAAGAGUUUUGCAGAUGAAUUUAAAAAAAAAAGGUGUACAGAUAUCACUUUUCAGUUGCCAUCCCUGCUGCGAGUAGCAGGCCAGAUGACGGACAGUGUAGUUCAGAGUGAUGCCGUGGUGACGUCCGUGUGAUUUGGUGGAUUUGAGUAUUCAGGUGUUUUUCACAUACACUGGAUCCCUGUGGCCAGUAAUUUGAGCUUCGACCCCGCGCCUCCUUGUGGAGAGGCGCAUCCGGUGCCGCUCCCGUGGCAUCAAAGGCCGAACUGACCGCCGCAUCUGACAGCGACCUCAUGACCCCCCCACUGAAGGAAUGAGCUGAAUCAGAACUGGAUACCUUUUCUGUGUCGUGAAGCUUUGUCUGUGAUGUGUAAGCCCCGUGUGGUUCUGGAUCAGGUGGGAAAAAUAAUCAGUGUUACAUUAACGGACUGUGUUUUGGCACUUGGAUGAACUGGAGCAGAGUUACAGAUUGUGUCCCCCCCCCCCCACAAUCCCACUUACCUUAGCGGCACCAUCACCCCUCCCUCACCCCCCUCCCCCCCUCAAUUCUCCCCUUUAACAGUGUUAACCAUUAACCCUGCGACAUGAGCGUCCCGUGACUCGAGUGGUGGAGGACAAACCUGUGUUUGUUUGUGUGAGUGAAUUAACCUAAAUGGAAUAAAGCCUGAGCAGAAGCAUCCUUCGUCUUGCCACUUUGUACAAACUGUGUGUCGUGUAGUCUAAACGUGCUUUGGUAAAGUUUCCGUUAAGCUGCGGGGUCGUCGUCUGUGCUCCUUUAUGAACUCAAGUAUGCUUCAGUGUUGGUUUCUUGAGUGGCAGGAAACAUCACUGAGGUCCUGGUGUUACUGGAAAACAACAGUGGAUUUCUGGGAGCUGCAAUGUUAACCAUUUCACAUGAAUUGUUUCUGAGUGUUGGACUGAUGACCCUCCUCCUCAGUCUCUACUAAGCUAAUAUUAAAGAGUAUUAAUGAAGGGAGAUGGUACUGAGAAUAUUUCAAAGGUUGAUGUAUGGGAGUGUAUGAGUGUUAGAAUGCUAAGAAGAGCCUUUAAAAACUGUUCAGAGCAUAUGUACAGUGACAGAAACUAGUUGUUAAAAAGUGUUAUAGUGACUGAGGUGUGUAUGCUUUGAUGGUGAACUUUUGAUUUUGUAAAUUUGAAUUAAAACAUGACAAUACACAGAUUAUGAAAAAGAAAAAAACACACGAUUGACUGUUACUUUUGUUUGAAGGUGUAUCUGGAGUGUUUGCGCAUGGUCAGCUGCACAUUUUGAAUGUAAUUUUCAGGCUAACUGCUGUUUGUGAAAUUGCUCUGUCUAAUAAAAAAAGACAAACUAAA